AUGGACCAAGUCCAGGCGGCCUUCUGGGCAGCACCUCCGGUGACUCGUACAAUCACAGCUCUGACUCUGGUUCAGUCUGCCCUAGUCUAUGGCGGCGUGCUCAAUGGAUAUUAUGUUAUCUUUUGGCCGGACCGAAUUCUCAAGCUGCUUCCGGAGAUCUGGCGUCUUGCCACUCCAUUCCUACUAACCGGCCCAAAACUCAGCUUUGUCUUUGACCUUUAUCGCAUGUAUCAUUAUGGCAGUCAACUGGAGACCAAUUCGGCCCGUUUCAGCCAACCCGGAGAUUUCUUUAUCUACCUGGUAUUUGUAGCUUUCACCCUUAUGCUCAUUGCAGGCUACAUCCUUGGCGGGAUGAUUUUCAAUUCUGCAUUGACCCUGGCUUUCAUCUACACCUACGCCCAAGAGAACCGGGGUAGGAAAGCCAUGCUGUGGUUCUUUGAGAUUCCCAUGGAAUACCUUCCAUGGGCCAUGCUGUUGAUGAAUAUGGUCAUGAACGGAUGGCCUUCAGCAUUAAGUGAGGGCAUGGGCAUUGUGGCUGCUCAUCUAUAUGACUUCCUCACCCGCAUCUACCCAACCUUUGGUGGUGGUCGAAAUUAUCUUGUCACGCCCGCUGCAGUCCAGCGGUAUUUCUCCCGCCAUACCCCCGGUACUGCCCAGCGUGGAUAUGGUACGGCAUUCCAGCCCUCCGCGGCUUCACAGCCCUCUCAGCCCUCUCGGGGCUGGACCUCCUCCAUCCAGAACCCAUGGGGCGGCCGAGGUGCGGGUCGAAGACUUGGUGGUGAUUAA